CACAGUCUGACAUAAGCAAGGACUGACGGACGUCAGAACUGAAAUGUCCCUGUAGACAGAAAGUACGGACACCUUCGAACUGGACCGUUGUCCUUCUGCAACAGAUUGAAGAGCAUGUGAGGUAUCAAAAUGGAUUAUUUAGAUCACAGCAUGCACAUUGCAGAAUAUGAUUGGACAAGCUUCUAUGAGGACUGUGAGGAGUGUUGUGUGCUGCAGCCUUUGCUCGCCUACCACGAUAGCUCGAGCCUAAGUGAAUCAGAGGAUUCAGAAAGUUCAGUCUUCAGCACAAGCCAACAGGAACCACAGCCAAGCUCUGCUGCAAACUGGGAUGACUCUGAAAGCAGCGCUGCAGGAUGUUGCAUGGAGGAAGAGAACUGCACAGGUUGUUUAAAGUAUAUAUCAGUGCAGUGUAUUCAGAGUGGUCAAGGACAAGAUGAUCUUACCACAAAAGCUAAACUAUGCCUUAAUCAUCCUGAAGGAACCCCCAUCCCCACAGCAGAGCACAACACAGAGAAGACAAAUGACCCCAUCUCAGACACACCGCAAACUGAGCAACUAAACGUUCAGUCUUCAGAUAGAGAUGUGAAAAUGAAGAGUGACAUUCGUGAGCUCAAAUCCACACAGGAAUCUGACCCACUUCCCUGCAGCCGAACAGAGCUAAAUGUGAAUGAGCCGCACACAACAGACAUUACUGUGACUGAGGAUGUGAGUGGAGGAGCUUUUAGAGCAGAAAAAGAGCGCUGGUUCGUGACAGUGAAUGACGGCCCUGCACGACAGCAAGUGUGUGCCGCCUCUGUGAAAAGAAAACGGAGACAAAAAAAAACUCGUAAGGGCGAUCACAUGUGGAGACCUGGGCAAGAGAAAUCACUUAAAAGCAGCCUAAAGUUUGAGAUAAUGAAAGAUAAAAAUGAAUCUGAGGGCGGAGCAUACACAGAGCAUGUCACACAAGCAAACCAAAACUUGGUACAAAAAUCAGGAGGGUAUCUCAGUGCUGAAGAAGAUCCUGAGAACUUUCAGAUGGGAGUCAUUUCUGAUUUAUCGCCGGUACCGUCUGGUAAAGAAGACAAUCUAUCAAAAGAACUGGUGAUGUCUCAUCCCACCAAAGACAAUAACAUUGAGCCAACAAUAGACAGAACAUCGCAAAAUACAAGCACCUCAGCAUCCACACCCAACAAAGACCUGUUACGGUUUGACAUUGUAGAGUCUGAUGAGCUUGAAGAUGACGUCAAGUUCUUCUUCGCUCACCGUUUUGAUUCUGAAAGCUAUCUGUCAGCUACUGAAUCAGUGGAGGAAUUUCAACAUCUUCUUAUGGAACACCAACAACUGCAUAGCUCAUCGUCUCUGACAGAAAACAGCUAUCUAUUCAAUCUGACUGAGAAUACCAAAGCAGACAACACGCAGGACAGAGAAGUGGAUUCUUGCGCUAACACUCUCUCAUGCAAUGUAAUAGUUACCAACGCUAAAGGUCAUGAAAGCGCUGAUGUUCAGCCUACCCUGACAUUUCCAUCUGCUGGCCAAAGUGCUGAUAAAAUGCCAGAUGACAACUCCACAUGCGACAACGACACACACAGCACGCUGCCCCCGAAUACACCUGGACUCCAAAAACAUGAAGUUAAACUUUCAGCAUCUGGUUGCUCUUCAGGAGAUCAGCUUCUCCCCGUUCCCGAUUUAACUGUAACACUCUGCUCUGUGGCCGACAGCCCCGAAACAUAUGCCGAAGCUGCGGGCCACACUCGACCUGUGUACGCCAUUUCUGCUUUUUGGGAUGAAAUGGAAAAAUUGACGAUACAUGAAAUUUUGCAGCUCAGGAUGGGUAGAAGCACCCCUCCCAGGGAAACACAAGAAACAGUGACACCAAGCGUAGAUGAUCUCAGCUGUUUGAUCAACAGUGCGGAGUAUAAUUUGCUUGAUGGUGGGCUGAUGGAUACAUCUGACACUGCUGACUCAGACUAUUUCACACAGCCUGAUGAAUCCAAGCCAGAUCGCUCCAGCUGUGAAUUUUCCACCUCCGAUUUUGAGGAAGAGUACUCACAGUUUCUUGGCGCCAGCAAGAACCCCAGUCCUGACCUUCAAAGCAAAAAUCAACAAAGCACAAGUGACUCUCCUUUCUUAGUACAUGAGGAAGAUGACUCAACAGGCUCUGAAGGAAAGGAGACACAUGUGCCUUUAAAGGACUCAGCAAGUGAAUGUUUUGAGGAUCAGGACUCAAAUGCUUUCAUUUCAAGCAAACUUGCAUGGCCGAGACAGAUAACAAAAAGCAAAAGCAUGCACAACGUACAAGCUCUCAACACAGAGGAUUCAUCUUUGCAAUUGCUUCUUGGGAAUGAUGAGAGCUGUCUGUUUCUCAGCAGCUGUCCAUCUAUGGAGGAAAAUGUGGUUAUAAACACAAGCGACAUUGAUGGAACACUGAUACCUGCACCUUUUCUGGAUGAACAUUAUCAAGUAUCCUUCCCUGAAGUGUUUGAAUACUUACUCAGAGAGAAUAAAGCAAAGAGGGACUUGCAGUGUAUCACCUUCUAUGAUCCAGAAGACAUCUCAGUGGCUCCUGUGUUUGACUACAAUCUUUGUAAAUUCAGGGACGAAAUGUCGUUCUUUUCCCUUCAUGAUUACCAGCGCAGCGAUGAGAGACCCAUACCCAUUUUCUCCUGUCCUCAUCCCACUGUCAGAGAACUCACAUUCCCACAUCAGAACUAUGUUUUCUUAAGUGCAGACUGCGAGGAGGAAGACGACAUCUCUCCAAUCAGAGUUGUGUCUCGCUCUUUCAUCCUGGGCAGUGAUUGUGGCGCAGCGGCCACACAUGGAUUUUACAGUUGGAAAAGUUUGAUAAGGAAGAUCCACUUUCCCGACAAAGGUAGCAUCUGGUGCAGAAGAUCUGGUGCAUUAGUGUUCCCAGUUGAGGCUGAGAAGAUCACCAUGAAGAGUGCCAAUCCAACAAUAACAGUGCUCACUGAGAGGAGAGUCACUUCAACACCUUCUCAGUUGUUUAGAGAGCUAACAGUGCAGCAAAGGCUUCUGGAAGGUAUACGGACAACAAGACGAGAAGGCAUCUUCUCCACACUGAAGCAGUCAGAUAUGUGUUUGGUCUGCAUUGCUUUUGCCUCUUGGGUGUUAAAAUCCUCUGAUCCAGAAACUGCUGAUGCCUGGAAAGCAGCUCUGCUGGCAAAUGUGAGUGCACUGUCGGCUAUCCAGUACCUGCGGCAGUAUGUGAGGAAGAAGAAUCCUUCUUAAGAUGAUCCCUGAUAUGUGUAGGCCAACACACAAGAGAGAAGAGAAGAGUCGUUUCCAACCUUUUUCAUUUGGGUCCAUCCAUGAAAUGCUUUGGGUUCUAAUACAGCAUGUAAAGGUAGGCGUUAGCAAACAGUAGUUGUAACUUUUAGUCAAAGGAAGUUAGUCUGGUGACAUUCUACGUUUCUUACAAUUCCAUGAAAGCCAUCAAUAAAUUGAUCCUAAUAAGUAUUGUCUGUGUAACUAAAGCCUGACAUAGCUUAUUCCUUUCUGACAGAGACCUCCAUUGUUGCCCAAAAACAUCUUACAAUUAAUAUUGAGAAGACUAGCAAGUAGGGUGCUGAAUAUAGUUCACAAA